AUGAAGGGAUUCAUCCUGGCCCUGGUACUCGCCCUCGUGGGGGCCCAGAAGCAGGACCUCGAGCCUGUUUUUCAUAUUGGCAAGACCUACCAGUAUGGCUACGAAGGCGUUAUCCAGCACUGGUUGCCCAGCAGAGGCCUAGCGAUGGCAGGGGUGAGGCUAACCUGCAAGCUGGAGAUCAGCUGUGUCUCUCGCAGUGACCACCUUCUCCAGAUUCGAUCACCAAUGAUGGAGGAAUACAAUGGCUUCUGGCCCACAGACCACUUCACACCAUCUUCGAGGCUCACAGACACCAUUGCUGCAUGCUUCAGCCAAGCCUUUAAAUUUGAAUACACUGAGGGAAGGGUUGGAAGUAUUUUUGCCCCUGAGGACUGUCCCAUCCUUUGCAUUAACCUAGUGAGAGGGAUACUGAAUGUGCUGCAGAUAACCAUCAAAAAGACACAAAAUGUUUAUGAACUACAGGAGGCUGGGAUUGAAGGCAUCUGCCAAACCAGAUACGUUAUCCAGGAUGACAGAAAGAAUAACCGUGCCAUCAUUUCCAAAAGCAAGGACCUGAUGGACUGCCAGGAUAAAGUGGUGAAGAACAUAGGAAUAGCGUACAUCCGCCCCUGCCCCACCUGCCCCCUGAAAGCCAGAAACAUUAAGGGCACAGCGAUGUACACUUACAAGAUGAAGUAUUAUGACAGCGGGGCCUUGGUGACAUCUGCUGCAUCCGAGCAGGUGUACCUGAUCUCUCCCUUCAAUGAACCCAAGGGGGUAGCAGUCAUGGAGGCAAGACAAGAACUGUCUCUGGUUGACAUUAAAAGGACUCCUAUCAGUGCACCAAAAACUCCGCUGCAAAACCAGGGAAGUCUUCGUUAUCAGUUUGCAGGAGAGCUACUCCAGAUGCCAAUUCCUCUAGUAAGGAUUACCAAUCCUGAUUUACAGUUAACAGAAACACUGCGACAAUUAGUUCAGAAUAAUGAGGAAGGAGCCACUAAAGAAGCUUCAGUCAAGUUCUUACAAAUGGUCCAGCUUUUCCGUAUAGUGACCCUUGAUCAAAUCAACUCUUUGUGGAUGCAGUUGGCCAAUGGCCUUCCCUACAGGCGCUGGUUCCUGAGUGCCGUCUGCGCUGCUGGAGCUACCGACACAUUCAGAUUCCUGAAGCAAAAAGUUCAUGAUGAGCAGCUAAACAUCUGGGAAGCAGCUGCAACUCUCCCGCUCGCCUUCCAUUUCGUUACACCCAACAAGCAAACCCUAGACGUUGCCUCAACUUUUCUGACCUGUCCUCAAAUCCAGAAAGCACCAAUACUUCGAACACUUGUUUACCUGGGAUAUGGUAGCAUCGUAAAUAAAUACUGUGCUCAGUCUUCACUUUGUCCAGAUGAACUUCUUCAGCCACUCCAUGACCUUGCUACUGAAGCCACCAGCAAAGGCAGCGCCAAAGACAUGGCCUUGGCCCUGAAAGCCAUAGGCAAUGCAGGAGAGCCGGCCAGCCUCAAACGCAUGCUGAAGUUUUUGCCAACAUUUUCACCUGCUGCAGCUUCAUUGCCGAGCAGAAUUCAUGCUGCUGCCGUGUUGGCCUUGAGGAAAAUCGCCAGAAAAGACCCUGCAAAAGUAAGGGAGAUCUCUCUCCAGGUCUUUAUGGACAACACACUUGUUCCUAACGUCCGAAUGGUAGCUUGCGUUGUCCUCUUCGAAACUAAGCCUGCUCUUCCAACUGUAACAGCUAUGGCCAGCUCGCUGCUGACGGAGCCCAGCUUACAAGUAGCCAGUUUCACAUACUCACACAUGAAGGCUUUGGCAGUAGGCAGGAUCCCACAACUCUAUAAACUAUCUGCUGCUUGCAACAUUGCCAUUAAACUUCUGAGCCCCAGACUUGACAGGCUGAGCUAUCGUUACAGCAAGGUCGUCCAUGUCGGUGGUUAUUCCUCUGAAUAUCAGGCUGGUGCCAUUUGGAGGGUCUAUCUAAUGAACAGUCCCAGCACCAUGUUUCCAUCUGAUAUAAUCACAAAAGUAAGAGGAUAUUAUGCAAAUACUGCAACAGAUAUUAUCGAGGUGGCUCUCCGGUCACAAAGCCUAACCAAGCUUAUCAGGAAGCAGAAUAUUCCCUUUGCUGAGUAUGAUACAUACAAGGCACUGAAGGAACUCGGUAAAACGCUUCUGGGAUGGAAAGAACUGCCUCCUGAAGACCCUCUGUUGUCCGCUUCUGUCAAAGUAUGGGGCCAGGAGAUCGCCUUUGUUGACAUUGAUAAAGAUGCCAUUCAGGAGACCGUGAUGAGUGUAACUGGAUCAUCAGACUGGCAGCCGGUGCUUAAAAAAGUGGUGGAAGAGGUCCAGCGAGGCAUUUCAGGCCGAUGGACCCUGCCGGUGAUGGUGGGCGAGUUGAGGCACAUUGUCCCCACGAUGGUCGGCAUGCCACUGGAGCUCAGUCUGUGUGGUGUCGCGCUGAGCCAGGCUGUGGCCUUCGUGGAAACACAGAUAUCACCACAACUGUCUGACAAUUUUAGACCUUCACAGUUGCUGGAGACCAACAUGGAUAUUCAUGCUGACAUCAAGCCAAAGGCAUACUCUCAUAUGAUUGCAAUGAUGGGGAUUAAUACACAAUACUUUCAGAGCGGUCUUGAAUUUCAUGCAGAGUUCAGUGCCAACACUACAAUGAAGUUUGAUGCCAGGAUAAAUAUGAAAGAGAAAAAUGUGAAGAUCGAAACCCUUCCCUGCCGUCAGGAGGUUGAGCUUGCAGCUGUGAGGAGUGAAGUUUAUGCUAUUUCAAGGAAUAUGGAAGAAGUAGAUUCCGAAAAGAAAUCCCAGCUUCUCCCCAAGGAAGAAGUACCACGUGUUUCUGACCAGCCAGUUCGUCCAUCAGAAAGAUCUUCAGGACCUGGCAGCUGGAAGCAAAGCAGUACUCCUAGUGUGAUAUCCAAAGGAUACCAGCAAGGUUCAGAAGAGGCACAUCACCACAGUGCAGGAGGAAGAUUUUACACACACAACUUCUGUGGAAAGUUUGAGAGUUUGGGGUGUUCUGCUUGUCUCAGCUUAAAGUCACAAAAUUUUGCUUUCUUAAGAAAUACCUUUCUGCACAAAUUAGCCGGAGAACUGGAAGCCAAAAUAGUUUUGAAGCCAGUUCAUGCAGAUGCUGAUAUUGACAAAAUACAGCUGGAGAUUCAGGCAGGAUCCGAAGCGGCUUCCAAAAUAAUUGAUGUAGCAAGCUCAGUGCCUGAGACAGAGGACGAGAGAUUUCCAUACGAGGAUAUAAAAGCUAAGCUGAAGGAGAUUCUAGGCAUUGAAAACGUGUUCAAGGUCGCAAAUAAAACACGGCACCGUAGGAGACGGGUUCACAGAACAGACAACACUGCAGUUACAGACCUCUGGGCAGAGCCCAGUGCAACCCCCCUCUCCAGUUCAUCCUCUUCUUUCACUGCUUCCUUUGCUGAUGGCAAAGAGCCUGGAAAGGAAGACAAGAAAGGUGAAAUAGGGCACUCUGGGAAGAAGCGUGGCAGCAAUAGCAAGAGCAGCAGCAGCAGUGUCAGCUCUGCUAGCAGUAAAAUCUGCAGCAGCAGCGGAGAAGACCACUCUGGAGACAGGCAUUGCGGUGGGGACAGCGGACAUUACAACCAACAGGCAAAUCUACCCGUUUACCAGUUUUGGUUCAAGCCAGCAGAUGAACAGUACCCAGGAAGGGAAGUCCUAAAUGGCAGCAUCAGCUCCUCCUCUUCAGUUAGUGAUGAAGGCAUCUCUGGAGCCAUGUCUCAGCCUAAAUUCUUGGGAGACAGCAAGCCACCAAUUCUGGCUGCAGUCCUUCGUGCCAUCCACAGAAAUGGGCAACCGACGGGAUUACAGCUUGUUCUGUACACUGAUACACAGCCCACGAGAUCGAGGAUACAGAUGUUUGUUUCAAGCAUCACAGGAUCAAGUAGAUGGAAACUCUGUGCUGAUGCUUCGGUAACAAGUUCUCAUAAAGUACUGGGUUCUCUUAAAUGGGGAAAAGAUUGCCAGGACUACCAGAUUGCUACUCAGAUUGCUACAGGGCAAUUUGCUGCUUAUCCAGCUAUGCAGAUGAAGCUGGAGUGGCCAGAAGUACCUUCGAUAGUCCGAAAAACUGCAAGAUGGUGA